AUGCCUUUUUGUCCAUUAAAUGUAUCGGAGCUCCCCGUCACAACUCUGGGCCCAUCACCUCGUGUUGUUGACGUUAACAAAUACAUCGAAAGCCGACCAGAUGUGUACAUAGCUCGAAAAACCAUGGCACCGCUUGAUGCGGUGGUCACUUGUUUGUGGUUGAUAGACCCUCGGAUCUUGCAUCAAUUCCUCAAUCGUCGUUUACCACUUUUCAUAUUCCAAAUCAAGCGAAAUGAUUCUGAGGACGCGAAUAUGCGCUGGGAAACUUCAAUCAUGCGACAAAAGAUAUCAAAUUCCUUGCAUAUAAUACUCGUAAGUCAAACGAGUAACUUCCUCCAAGAAAUCAUUCAUUCUGAUGAUUUAUAAUUCUAGUUGGAAGUCACCUUGUGGGAAAUGGACGAGCACGAAAAAUGGAAUCCUAUAACCACCAAGCUGCACUAUAUUACAGAUGGACACAUCCUCCGAUUCGAACUGCAUGAUGAGAACUCAACUCAAAUGGAAGAUGAAAUCCCCAUGUCUCCCACUAAAGCCAAUCCCGAAUCUCGCUUGAAUAAUUUGACCCAAGUAGAAAAAGUACUACUCUACAUCACAACAUCCAUCAUAGAAAAUGAGUGUGGAAUUGAUCCUCCCGAAGGUGACCCUCCCAAGUACUCUUUCAUCUGGGAUCGGAAAUGGAAAAAGCCCGAAAAUAUGAUCAUCUGUCCUCGGAUUUACAGUAGGGACUCUAAACCUUUAAUUGAUCACUAUGAAGAGGAGUAUUUGAAGAGUAGGGAAACGGCGAUGAAAGCUUUGAGCGUUUUCGAUGUGCGGUUGCUGCCUUUGUCGCGUCGUUGUAUAUGUGAGGCUCCGGCUGUUAAAUUCAGUAUUGAUAUGAUGGAGAUUGAUAAUGUGAAGAUGAAGAUGAAAAGUUUUGUGAAGUCUGAAGAUGAUUUCAGGUACAAGGGAGGGGUCUAUCAUUGUACUCGGUUGAGAGCCUUGGCUUGA